GCCCGCGCUCGGCCCCCUGCGAGCUUAUGGCCGGGCUGCCUGGCCUCGGGGAGCCUCGGGGAAGGGCAGGGGUGGGCGGCUGCGCGAGAGCCCGCGAGGCCUUGGCGGCGAGAAAGGUGCUGAGGUGCCUCCCGGCGCGGGACGGCGGGAGCCCCCAUAUGGAGUCUGGAGAGCGGUUAACGUCCUCGUCAAUCUCAUCUAGUGCAGCUACUUCAUCUCCAGUGUCUUCUACACCUUCUGUUCCUUCUGCAGUUUCCAAGGGUGGCCUUACCACUGGAGCUGCAUCACUGAGUUCCACAAUCAACACAUGCGAAUGGUGGCGGACAGCAGAUACACACUCUCGUUCUGGGGCAGCUUUCUUCCCACCGCUCUUGGGAAUUCCACCAUUGUUUGCACCACCUGCCCAAAAUCACGAUUCUACUCCAUUCCACUCAAGAGCUACAGGAAAAAAUAGUCGGGGCAGUACAGAAAAAGGUAUAAAUGGAUCACUGAAUGGGAACAGUACCACUGCAGUAUGUGGUAUCAGCACAUCUGUACUAUCCACUAGCAUUGCAGCAUCUGCAGGACAAGUGAAAACUAUAACCUCAGGAGCAGGGGGUCGCAAAUACAACCAGGAACAAAGCAAAGCUCAGCUUUUGGACACCAGAGCUGACAAAAUCAAAGAUAAGAAGCCCAGAAAAAAAGCAGUGGAAAGCUCCAGUAAUAGCGACAGUGAUUCAGGCUCUUCUUCAGACACAUCAAGUGAAGGCAUAAGUAGUAGCGACUCUGAUGAUCUAGAGGAGGAUGAAGAAGAGGAGGAGGAGGACCAGAGUGCUGAAGAAAGUGAAGAUGAUGAAUCUGAUUCUGAAAAUGAAGCACAUCACAAACCCAAGAACAAGGUGCUAAUGCAUAGUGGUGUAACAGAUAUGAAAACUGAUGGACAAAAAACACUUGAAAAGUCCCAAGAAAAAAGAACACACCAGCAGAUACCUCUCGUGUCUGAUUCCCAGACUCACUCAUCGUUCCAGUCCCAGCAGAAGCAGCCUCAGGUUUUGUCACAGCAGCUUCCAUUUAUUUUCCAAAGCUCUCAGGCAAAGGAGGAAUCUGUGAACAAACACACUAGCGUAAUACAGUCUACAGGAUUGGUUCCCAAUGUCAAACCUUUGUCUUUGGUACAUCAAGCCAAAAAGGAAACCUAUUUAAAACUCCUAGUUCCGUCCUCUGAUCUACUCAAAGCAGGGAAUAAGAAUACCUCUGAAGACUCUAUCCCUUUGACCAGCGAUAUACGAUCAAAACGAGAACAAUAUAAACAGACAUUCCCAGCAGCACAUCUAAAGAAACAAGAAUCAUCUAAGAACCUGAAGAAGGUUAUUGCAGCUUUGUCAAGCUCCAAACCAACAUCUAGUUCACCAGCUCAUCAAAAACUCACAUCUUUGGAAAACAACCAUUCUAAUCCAUUCCUGACAAAUGCACUUUUAGGUAAUCACCAACCCAAUGGAGUUAUUCAGAGCGUCAUCCAGGAGGCUCCUCUUGCACUUACUACGAAACCGAAAUCCCAGACCAAGAUCAAUGAAAGUGUAGCCAUUUCUAGCAGUACCCCCUUUUCUUUGCCAGUGAACUUGAGUGCAUGUGGGAAAAAACCAACUGGUAACCGGACACCUGUUAUGCCGUCUACCUCUCCUGUGUUACCUGGUUCAGGAAAAGACAAAGCAGUCAGCAAUAAUGCAGUAAAUGCAGUAAAAACACAACACCGCCUUCAUUCUCCAAAACUGGUGGUGGAGCAGUUCAGAGGGGUAGACUCAGAUGCCCCCAGCAGUAAGGACUCUGACGACUCAAAUGAUGAUGAUGAUGACGAUGAAGAUGAAGAUGAGGAUGAUGAAGAUGAUGAUUCUGAUGAUAGCCAAUCAGAGUCCGACAGUAAUUCUGAAUCGGAUACCGAAGGGUCUGAAGAUGAAGAUGAUGAGGAUGAUAAGGAUCAAGAUGAAUCAGAUACAGACACUGAGGGAGAAAAAACUCCACUGAAACUGAAUAAAACUGCUUCCUCCAUGAAGAGCUCUUCCAUUGGUCCUGCAGCUCAUUCCACCCCACUUAAUCUCCAAGCAGCAAAGGCCCCAAGCUCUGCACCAGCUGCUUUAUGUCCAGAGUCCCAGCCUGCAGUUUUUCUUGGGACAGCACCAUCUACUCUUACACCAAGUACACACUGUGGCAUUUCAAAAAGAAGAAGAGUAACCGAUGAACGGGAGCUGCGUGUUCCUCUAGAAUAUGGCUGGCAAAGAGAAACCCGUAUAAGAAACUUUGGUGGUCGUCUUCAAGGAGAAGUAGCGUAUUUUGCACCUUGUGGAAAGAAGUUGAGACAGUAUCCUGAAGUAGUAAAGUAUCUCAGCAGAAAUGGAAUAAUGGAUAUCUCAAGGGACAAUUUCAGCUUCAGUGCAAAAAUAGGAGUGGGUGACUUCUAUGAAGCCAGAGAUGGACCGCAGGGCGUUCAGUGGUGUCUUCUGAAGGAAGAGGAGGUCAUUCCCCGUAUCAGGGCUAUGGAGGGGCGUAGAGGACGACCACCAAAUCCAGACAGACAGCAUUCAAGAGAGGAAUCAAGAAUGAGACGACGCAAAGGCCGACCUCCAAACGUUGGCAGCUCUGAAUUUCUAGACAACACUGAUGCAAAGCUUUUAAGAAAGCUACAGGCUCAAGAAAUAGCUAGACAAGCAGCACAAAUAAAGCUACUAAGAAAACUCCAGAAGCAGGAACAAGCUCGAGCUGCCAAAGAAGCAAAAAAAACAGCAGCUAUUAUGGCAGCUGAAGAAAAGAGAAAGCAAAAAGAGCAGAUAAAGAUAAUGAAGCAGCAGGAGAAAAUUAAGCGUAUCCAGCAAAUCAGAAUGGAGAAAGAGCUUCGAGCUCAACAAAUUUUAGAGGCAAAAAAGAAAAAGAAGGAAGAAGCAGCAAAUGCCAAAUUAUUGGAAGCUGAAAAGCGAAUCAAGGAAAAAGAGAUGCGAAGGCAGCAAGCUGUUCUUCUCAAGCACCAGGAGUUGGAGAGGCAUAGACUAGAUAUGGAACGAGAAAGGAGAAGACAACAUAUGAUGCUUAUGAAAGCCAUGGAAGCACGUAAAAAAGCAGAAGAAAAAGAGCGGUUAAAGCAAGAAAAACGUGAUGAAAAAAGAUUAAAUAAAGAACGUAAACUAGAACAGCGAAGAUUGGAAUUGGAAAUGGCAAAGGAGCUAAAGAAGCCUAAUGAAGAUAUGUGCUUAGCAGAUCAGAAGCCUUUGCCAGAGCUGCCUCGCAUUCCAGGCCUUGUUCUUGCUGGAAGCACAUUUUCAGAUUGUCUCAUGGUAGUGCAGUUCUUGCGUAACUUUGGUAAAGUUCUUGGCUUUGAUGUGAAUACGGAAGUCCCUUCUCUGAGUAUUCUUCAAGAGGGUUUGCUAAACAUAGGGGACAGCAUGGGAGAAAUACAAGACUUGCUUGUAAAGCUAGUCUCUGCAGCUGUUUGUGAUCCAGGACUUGUUACAGGAUACAAGGCUAAGACUAUUCUUGGGGAGCACUUACUGAACGUUGGCAUCAAUCGAGAUAAUGUAUCUGAGAUUCUGCAGAUAUUUAUGGAGGCUCACUGUGGGCAAACUGAGCUUACAGAGAGCUUGAAGACGAAAGCUUUUCAGGCACAUACUCCAGCUCAGAAAGCAGCAGUUCUUGCUUUCCUCGUCAAUGAGUUAGCUUGCAGUAAAAGUGUGGUCAGUGAAAUUGACAAAAACAUUGAUUAUAUGUCGAAUUUAAGGAGAGAUAAAUGGAUGGUUGAAGGCAAACUUCGGAAGCUUAGAAUAAUUCAUGCCAAAAAAACUGGCAAAAGAGAUACUACAGGAGGUGGUGACAUAGGAGAGGAACAGCAGUCUUUGGAAACACCAACACCAGGCCGCAAACGCAGACGAAAGGGUGGGGACAGUGAUGAUGAUGAUGACGACGACGACGAUAGUGAUGAUCAGGCAGAUGAGGAUGAGGAAGAUGAAGAGGACAAAGAAGAUAAGAAAGGAAAGAAGGCAGAAGUUUGUGAAGAUGAGGAUGAUGGAGACCAGACAGCAAGUGUUGAAGAACUAGAGAAGCAGAUUGAAAAACUGACAAAGCAACAAAGCCAGUAUAGAAAGAAAUUAUUUGAAGCUUCACACUGUUUGCGUUCAAUGAUGUUUGGUCAAGAUCGUUACAGGCGCCGGUAUUGGAUUCUGCCCCAGUGUGGUGGUGUUUUUGUAGAAGGCAUGGAAAGUGGUGAAGGUCUAGAAGAAAUUGCAAAAGAAAAAGAGAAGUUAAAAAAAGUAGAAAGCAUUCAUAUCAAAGAAGAGGUAUUUGAGACCUCUGAAGAAAAAUUACACUGUUUAAAUUCAACUCACUGUGAGCAAAAGGAAGAUCUGAAAGAAAAGGACAACACCAAUUUGUUUUUACAAAAGCCAGGAUCAUUUUCAAAACUGAGCAAACUCUUAGAGGUAGCAAAAAUGCCACCUGAAUCUGACAUUAUUUCCCAAAAACCUACUGGCAGUGCAGCAAAUGGAUGCACGUUAUCCUAUCAGAGUUCCUCCCAAAACUCUCUGUGCAGUCUUCAGCCCAGUGUAUCACAAAGUGGCAACGAGAAAUCCGAUUCUAAUAAUCUUUUCAGUCCCAUUCCAAGCGGGACAGGAAAGUUUUACAAUUCUCCACUAAUUCCAAGUGAUCAGUUGUUAAAGACUCUUACUGAAAAGAGCAGACAGUGGUUCAGCCUUUUACCGAGAAUACCCUGUGAUGACAUGUCAGUCACCCAUAUAGAUACACCAGCUACUACAACUUCCCUUACUCCUCAACCACAUCCACCAUCAAAGUCACCUUCACCUGUUCCAUCACCUCUUCUGGGCUCAACAUCUGCACAGAGUCCAGCAGGAUUAAGUCCUUUUGCAUUGCCACCACUGCAGAUGAAGAGUGGACUGCCUAUAAUGGGACUUCAGUUUUGUGGAUGGUCUACAGGAGUUCUUACUUCAAAUGUUCCAUUUUCAUCUCCUUUACCUGCUAUUGGAUCAGGGUUGGGAUUAUCAGAAGGAAAUGGUAACCCAUUCUUGACGUCUAGUGUUCCUACAAGUAAAAGUGAAUCACCAGCACUACAGACUGAAAAAAUAGCUUCUGCUCCCUGUACAGCAGUGGAAGUAGCCAAGCCAGUAGAUUACCCAAACCCAAAACCCAUACCAGAAGAAAUGCAGUAUGGGUGGUGGAGGAUUACCGAUCCCGAGGAACUAAAAUCUUUGCAUAAAGUGCUGCAUCUCAGGGGAAUAAGAGAAAAGGCCUUACAAAAACAAAUACAGAAACACAUGGAUUAUAUCACUAUGGCCUGCAUAAAAAAUAAGGAUGUUGCAAUUAUUGAUAUCAAUGAAAAUGAAGAUAACCAGGUAACUCGAGAUGUUGUGGAAAACUGGUCAGUAGAAGAACAAGCAAUGGAGAUGGAUCUGGCUAUUCUUCAGCAGGUGGAAGAUCUAGAGAGGAGAGUUGCAUCAGCUAGUUUGCAAGUUAAGGGCUGGCUGUGUCCUGAACCUGCAUCAGAAAGAGAAGACUUGGUAUAUCAUGAACAUAAGUCAAUUACUAGAUUGCACAAGAAGCACGAUGGGGAUUGUGCUGGAGGCGGAGAAGGCAGUACCAGCUCUCUAGAGCGGAAGAGUGACAACCCUCUAGAUAUAGCUGUAACCAGGCUUGCUGACUUGGAGCGGAACAUUGAGCGAAGGUAUCUGAAGAGCCCCUUAAGUACCACCAUUCAGAUCAAACUGGAUAAUGUGGGCACAGUUACUGUCCCUGCUCCUGCACCAUCCAUUAGUGGUGAUGGUGACGGAGCUGAAGAGGAUAUUGCUCCAGGGCUAAGGGUGUGGAGAAGGGCAUUGUCAGAAGCGCGCAGUGCUGCACAAGUAGCUCUGUGCAUUCAGCAGUUACAGAAAUCGAUAGCAUGGGAAAAAUCUAUUAUGAAAGUCUACUGCCAAAUAUGUCGAAAGGGAGAUAAUGAGGAACUGCUGCUGCUCUGUGAUGGUUGUGAUAAAGGCUGUCAUACUUACUGCCACAGACCCAAGAUCACUACAAUACCAGAUGGUGACUGGUUUUGUCCUGCCUGCAUAGCAAAGGCAAGUGGUCAAACUCUAAAAAUAAAAAAACUUCAAAUGAAAGGGAAAAAAAGUAAUGAGCAAAAGAAAGGAAGGAAAUUAUCUUUAGCAGGAGAUACAGAGGAUGAAGACUCUGCAACUACAAGCAUCUCCUUAAAAAGAGGAAAAUCAGAUCCUAAAAAAAGGAAAAUGGAUGAAAAUGUUUCUGUAAGCCAACUAAAGCAAGAAAAUGUCACUGUUAUUAAGAAACCUAAAAGAGAUGAUUCAAAGGACCUGGCUAUAUGCAGCAUGAUUCUCUCAGAAUUGGAAACUCAUGAAGAUGCCUGGCCUUUCUUACUUCCUGUAAACUUGAAACUUGUUCCUGGUUAUAAGAAAGUUAUUAAAAAACCUAUGGACUUUUCUACCAUUAGAGACAAGCUAACUAGUGGGCAGUACCCUAACCUUGAGGCAUUUUCGCUAGAUGUCAGGCUUGUUUUUGACAACUGUGAAACCUUUAAUGAAGACGAUUCUGACAUAGGCAGGGCUGGCCACAACAUGAGGAAAUAUUUUGAAAAAAAAUGGACAGAGAUUUUCAAAUUGAGCUGAAGUUACCAGAACUCAUUUUUCUCCUUUAAAUGAGGACUGAUAAGACCAGCAAUGUGAACUGUAGUUACAUGAAAGUGCAAGGCACGUGCAUAACUAAUGACUGUUCUCUUUCCUUAAAAAUAUCACAAAAGAGUGAUACUGGUUCUAAAGGCUUCACUCCUACAGCAACCAUGGCCCCUUGGUUAUUGGUUUGUAUGUUUUAACAAACUAAUUUAGGUAGAACAGGGAAGCACACCCAAAGAAUUUCAAAGAAAGGGGUGUUAUAGUGCAAUAGCAAUUAAAAAUAUAUCAAAACGCACUGAAUAUUCAACCACCAGAGCUCUACUUGGGGAAAUGGUUCUUUUUCCCUUUCAAUAAAUAUCUAUUUUUCAUUUUU